AUGGCUCAUGAAUUCAGGGCUUUCACCUCAGUCCAUCUCACACUGAUGGAGGAUUUAUUGGAAGGGAAUCAAACUGAUUCAGCCAUGCUGCGCCUCCUUGCUAAGUUGAAAACAGGGGAAUUAGGACCAGAUUAUGCGAUGAAGGAGGGUCUUUUGAUGUAUCAAGGGCAGGUUUGGGUUCCCGAUUUCAAAGGGUUGAGGGAAUUAUUGUUGCAAGAGUUUCACUCGUCACUUAGGGGCGGUCACGUGGGAAUUCUCAAGACUUAUAAGGCCCUUGGGGAGUCAUUUUUUUUGGCCUGGAAUGCGAGCCCAAGUUCACAGUCAGCUGAGUUUACAGGGAUCUUAGUGGUGGUGGACCGUUUCAUCAAAGUGGGUCAUUUCAGUGCUUUGAAACCUGGGUUUACAGCCAAGGAUGUGGCACAGAGUGAUGGACAAACAGAGGUGGUUAAUCGAACACUUGAGCAGUACCUACGCGUGUUCACACACACCUAUCCAAAACAGUGGACCUCUUAUUUAUCAUGGGCAGAGUUCUGUUACAAUGGCUCCUACCAUUGUACUAUUAACAUGACUCUGCAUGAAGCUUUAUUUGGAUUUCCCAUGAAUGUACUCCCUGGGUACUCCUCAGGUACUACGAGUGUUAUAGAGGUGGAUGAGAUGUUAAAGGUGAGGGAAGUUCUAAAUAAGGAACUGACUUACUUUAUUCAAAGGGCUCAAAAUAAAAUGAAGAAGCAAGCUGAUUCACAUAGAAGGGACAUGGAAUUUAACCCUGGGGAUUGUGUUUUACUCAAGAUUAAAUCUUAUAGGCAACGCUCCCUAUCCUUGGAGCCACAUAAUAAACUACGGAAGAGAUAUUAUGGUCCCUACAAAGUCAUUCAGAAGGUAGGGAAGGUAGCUUACCGGUUGGAGUUGCCGGAGUCGUGUGCCCUUCAUCCGGUCUUUCAUGUGUCAGUGCUGAAACCCUUCCACGGUCCUCCGCCAGUGUCAGUGCCAUCAGCAGCUGAAUUUUCAUCUUCUCUGCAGCCGUGCCCAGCCGCCAUCAUAGUAAGUCGUGUUGUCUCCACUCCGACAGGAUCUCGAAUUGAACUUCUUAUUGAUUGGGAAGGAGUUCCUCGCCAUGAGACCACGUGGGUAGAUAUGGUUGAACUUAGCAGGGAGUUCCCAGAUGUGGACCUUGAGAACAAGGUCAUAGUGGAGAUGGGGAUAAUUGAUGCAACCCCAAAUCCAAACCAACAAGGCCCAGCUGAAGAGGAACCAAUUGAAGAUGAAAAAGAAGAGAGUCAUGGGCCAGAGAUGUUGGGCCCUAGAAGAAAGAAAUGCCCAACUUGGCACCAGGAUUAUGUGAUGUAA